AUCUUAGAGACGUUGUGCGAUAACUUCCUGCCCAGGAAUGUCUCCGCUAUUCUCUAUCUCUUCAACUCUGAGACCUACGGGAGAUCUACCGCCUCAGUCCAGUACUUUUUCCAGCUGGCUGGCUAUCUGGGUAUUCCUGUUAUCGCCUGGAACGCCGAUAACUCAGGCUUGGAGAGGAGGACGACGAGCCCCCAGCUGCAGCUAGCCCCGUCCAUAGAGCAGCAGGCGGCGGCCAUGUUGUCCAUCCUGCAGCGGUAUUCAUGGCCCAAGUUCGCGGUGGUGACGUCCCUCAUCGCGGGCCACAACGACUUCAUCCAGGCCCUGCGGGACCUCAUGCUGGAGCUGCCUAACAAGGGCUCCGGCCAGGAGUUCAGCAUGACCAACACUGUCAGGGUCAGCAACGUGGACACUGACCUGAUGGAGCUGGUCAGCUCAGAGGCCAGAAUACUCUUCCUGUACUCCACGCGCUCGGAAGCCGCUGUCAUCCUGUCCCGGGCCACCAAGCUUGGUCUCACAGGGGUGCACUUCAACACCACGGACGAGGCCAUGAUAGAGGAGAUCACGACGGCCAUGUCCGUGUUCGUGUGGGGGCUGGCCGGCCAUGUUAAGGACGAGGCUAGUCGCGAUGUCCUGCCGGACCUGUCCCCUUCCCUCUCCUGUGAUACCGGCGACGCUAGGUGGAGAGGUGGAGAGAAGUUCUAUAGGUUCCUGAAGAACGUGAGCAUCGACUACAGGUCAGAGCUGCCGACGCCCAACCUGGAGUUCAACGCCGACGGCACCAGACGAGCCGUUCACCUCAAGAUCAUGAACCUCAGACCUGACCUCUCGCGCAAGCUGACCUGGGAGGAGAUAGGCGUGUGGCACUCGGGCAAGGACGGGGGCCUGGAGGUGAAGGACAUAGUGUGGCCCGGGUACUCCCACGUCCCGCCCAAUGGUAUACCAGAGAAGUUCCACCUCAAGAUCACCUUCAUGGAGGAGCCCCCCUUCAUCAACAUGGACCCGCCCCACCCAGUGACUGGCAAGUGUACUGCUAACAAGGGUGUCCACUGUAGGAUAGCCUCGGACGACAUGAUGCAAGGGGUCAACGUCACUUGGGCCAUGCGCAACUCCAGUUACUUCCGGUGCUGUUCCGGCUUCUGUAUCGACCUGCUGGUCAAGUUCUCACAAGACCUCGGCUUCUCCUACGACUUCUUCCGCGUCGAGGACGGCAUCUGGGGCGCCAUUGUGAACGGCAAGUGGACAGGGCUCCCGGGGGCCAUCAUCAGCGGGAAGGCGGACAUGAUCAUGACCUCUAUCAAGAUCAACUCGCAGCGGGAAGAGGUGCUGGACUUCACCGUGCCCUUCCUCGACACCGGCAUCGCCAUCGUCGUGGCCAAGAGGACCGGCAUCAUCUCACCCACCGCCUUCCUUGGCCUUCCUGUACGACGCGACGGUGAUGGAGUACCUGGUUGGGCAGGACGAUGAGUGCAAGCUGCUGACGGUGGGCUCCUGGUACGCCCUCACCGGCUACGGUGUCGCCUUCGCCAGGAAGUCCAAGUACCUGGAGAUGUUCAACGAGCAGAUUAUGAAGUAUAGGGAAAACGGUGAUCUGGAGAGGAUAGCCCGUUUCUGGUUCACAGGGGCGUGUAAGCCUAACAAGCAGCAGAAGUCGUCCAGCAAGCCCCUGGCACUCGAGCAGUUUAUGUCGACCUUUCUCCUGCUGGGGUGCGGCAUCCUGCUGGCCCUGCUCCUGCUCGGCCUCGAGCACCUCUACUUCAAGUACUUCCGUCAGUACAUGGCCAGGUCCGAGAAGGGCAACUGCUGCUCUCUGCUUAGUAUGAGCAUGGGCAAGUCCCUGAGCUUCCGAGGGGCGGUGCUGGAGGCGCAGGACGUGCUCAGGUCCCACCGGUGCCAGGACCCGCUCUGCGACACCCACCUGUGGAAGGUGAAGCACGAGCUCGACAUGGCCCGCCUCAGGAUCCAGCACCUGGAGAAGCAGCUCGUCACCCACGGCCUCAGACCGCCCAGAAAGAAGACGUCGACAGUGUCCGCGCCAGCUGACCUCUUGAAACCCAGGGACAGGACUCGUAAUCACGUGACCACCAACGAACCAAUCCGGGGUCCGCUUUUAGCUGCCAGAGGCUGGAGGCACCGGAGCCGGGAGGUGGCGGAGCUGGAGACUGUGUUGUGAGGCUCCUGGCCUGCUGACACUGGUGACUGUGUUGUGAGGCUCCUGGCCCGCUGACACUGGUGACUGUGGUGUGAGGCUCCUGGCCCGCUGACACUGGUG